AUGUGGUAUCUCCUCAGCCUUGCGGCGUUAUUCGCCCAUCUAUCCGCCGCUGCGCCGACAAUCAACAAGCGAGCUGAUCCAACUGUCAAACUGGACUAUGCUAAUAUAGUUGGGUCCAGUGUGCUUGGGGUUGACUCGUUCAAAGGCAUUCCCUACGCUCAGCCUCCGGUUGGUAAAUUGCGAUUGAAACCACCACAACCUAUCACCACGAAUCUCGGAACGAUCCAGGCUACCGGGCUCCCUCGAGCUUGCCCACAGAUGUAUCUCAGCUCUGACAACAUCCCUGAAGACAUUCUUGGGAGGUUUAUAAACACACCAUUCUUCCAGACAGUUAGCAAUGCUGGUGAAGACUGCCUGACCAUCAAUAUCCAGAGGCCGUCUUCAGCGACGCCAACUUCCAAAUUGCCAGUGGUCUUCUGGAUAUUCGGUGGUGCUUUUGAACUCGGAUCCACACAGUUGUACGAUGGCACUUCGUUGGUCCUGAGAUCUAUGGCACAAAAUAGAGAUAUUAUUUAUGUUGCUGUGAACUACCGGGUAGGAGGCUUUGGUUUCAUGCCUGGCUCGGAUAUCCUGAAAGAUGGUUCCGCAAACCUGGGUCACCUCGAUCAACGCCUUGGACUUCAAUGGGUCGCCGAUAAUAUUGCAAAGUUCGGUGGAGACCCAGAAAAAGUCACUAUCUGGGGAGAGUCUGCCGGUUCUAUCUCUGUGUACAACCAAAUGACUCUGUACGAUGGCGACAAUACAUACAAAGGAAAGCCUCUGUUCCGUGCAGCAAUCAUGGAUAGUGGAAGCGUUGUCCCCGCCGACCCUGUUGAUUGCCCUAAAGGCAAUGCUAUAUACAACAAAGUCGUUUCCGAGGCCGGAUGCGCCAACGCUGCCAAUAAACUCGACUGUCUACGAUCUGCCGAUUACACCACUUUCCUCAAUGCCGCAAACUCCGUCCCAGCCUUCCUUAGCUACAACUCAGUUGCUCUUUCUUAUCUUCCACGCCCUGAUGGAAAAGCACUCACGGCCUCUGCAGACGUUCUAGGCAAAAGCGGGCACAUUGCUAAAGUUCCAUUUAUCAUCGGUGAUCAAGAAGACGAAGGCACGAUUUUCGCGCUCAUGCAGUCGAACCUCACGACCACGGACCAUGUCGUCGAUUAUCUCAGCACACUAUACUUCCAUAGCGCAACCAAGCAGCAGGUUAGGGAUCUAGUUGCCACUUACCCUGAUGAUCCGUCUGCCGGUUCGCCCUUCAGGACUGGUCCUUUCAACCAGCUAUACCCACAAUACAAACGCUUGGCUGCUAUUCUUGGAGACCUGGUAUUCACAUUAAGUCGUCGCGUCUUCCUAAACAUUGCCAACCAGAAGCAGCCCGACGUUCCGUCCUGGUCUUACCUCGCCACCUAUGGUUACGGCAUCCCUUUCAUUGGCACCUUUCACGCCUCGGAUAUCCUCACCACCCACGGCUACACCCCCGGAAUUCCGAGCACCAGUAUUCAGAACUACUAUCUUAGCUUCAUCAACACUAUGGAUCCCAACAAAGGAAUGCCGUUUGGGUUUCCCAAUUGGCCUCGAUGGGGCGAGAGCAAGAAGUUGUUGAAUUUUUCGGCACUAGGAAAUAGUCUGCUUUCUGAUGACUUUAGGGCCACAAGUGCAAAAUAUAUUGCUGAUCAUGUGGAUAUUCUACAUAUAUGA